GUACACUUCGCGACCAAAAACUGCACCGGAUGCUCACAACACAACCAAAAACUCAACAUCCAGAGUCGCUAAAGCAACCUAGGCAGCAUCCGCAUGAUUUCCCGGCAUACAAAGGACAAUCUUACGAAGACGUCGUGAAACUUCGCAAAAAGUAUCUAACGCCAAAUGUGACCUCGUACUACAAGAAGCCGUUGUUGAUUCAUAAAGGCAGCGGUGCACAGCUUUUUGACCAAGAAAAAAGUUAUUUGGACAUGUUUGGUGGAAUAGUUACUGUCUCCGUCGGCCACUGCCAUCCGAAAGUGAAUGCUGCCUUGGAGGAACAACUACGCACACUGUGGCACACGACAAAUAUUUACAUGCAUCCCAAGCUGCACGAAUAUGCGGAAAAAUUAGUGGCCAAAAUGCCCGGCGAUCUGAAAAACGUAUACUUUGUUAAUUCAGGCUCCGAGGCGAACGAUUUAGCCAUGGUUAUGGCUCGUUUGUAUACAGGCAACCAUGACAUCAUUAGUUUUCGAAAUGCGUAUCAUGGUGCGUCUCCAUAUACGAUGGGACUUACGGCACACUCCACCUGGCGAUACCCACUGCCCGGGCUUAAUAGUGGUAUACUCCACGCAAUGAAUCCCGACCCAUACACGGGAAUAUGGGGUGGUAAGCAGUGCCGAGAUUCGCCUGUUCAAACUACACGGAACUGCGACUGCCAGGAAGGUGAAUGUAAGGCAUCGGACAAGUACUACGAGCAGCUGGAACAAAUAUUCAAAUAUUCACUUCCACGUGGCAAGGUGGCCGCAAUGUUCGCCGAGUCCAUUCAGGGCGUUGGAGGCACUGUACAGUACACGAAGGGAUACAUAAAGCGUGCCGCGGAGCUUGUGCGCGCUAACGGUGGACUGUUCAUUUCGGAUGAGGUACAGUCCGGAUUUGGGCGUACUGGCGAACACUAUUGGGGUUUUGAAGGACAUGAUUUCGUCCCGGAUAUAGUGACAAUGGCGAAAGGCAUUGGGAACGGAUUUCCUAUGGGUGCAGUUAUUACAUCGCGGAAAAUCGCGGAGGUGCUUUCCCAGGCCUUGCACUUCAAUACUUUCGGAGGCAACCCGCUAGCAUGUGCUGUGGGGAUAGCGGUUCUCGAUGUAAUCGAUGAAGAAGAAUUGCAAAAGAACUCACUAAAUGUGGGUACCUACUUGUUGAAAGGACUGCAACAACUCCGCGAGAAGCACGAUGUUAUUGGAGAUGUUCGAGGGAAGGGACUGAUGAUUGGCGUGGAGCUAGUUGCUGAUAAGGAGACGCGACAGCAUUUGAGCGCUCCGCAUUUCGUCGAUAUCUGGGAAAUGUGCAAAGACAUGGGCGUCUUGUUCGGAAGGGGCGGACUAAAUGCAAAUGUCCUUAGAAUUAAGCCUCCGAUGUGCAUAACAAAAGCGGACGUCGAUUUUUCCUUGCAUAUUCUUGACACUGCCUUGAGCAAGCACUCGGAAAAAGUGCGACAAAAUUCGUAAAAUCGUUACAAUUCGAUGUUUUUUUUGCAAUACAUCAAUGGAAUAGAAGAAUUGUGCAUCAAUGAGCUGAUUAACACAUG